AUGUCAUCAUCCAAAAAGACUGAAAGGACGGCCACAGAGUUCAGCUUUGGCAUAAUACCAUUGAGGCGCAAGCUUCGCGAUGCACCCCUCUCGCUCGACAAUCUGGAGAUUUUGUUGAUUGAGCAAAAGGUCGGGCACAGGGGGAACAAGCACGGACGGCAGUGGUGCUUCCCCAAGGGCCACCGCGACCAUCGAAAGGAGCCGCCCCUCGACUGCGCCAAGCGCGAGCUCGAAGAAGAGACCAAUCUUCGCGUAGCGGCUUUCAUCUUCGACGUCAAUGACGAAGCGGGCCGAGGCCGCUACGCGAGCGAGUACUUCAACCCCGUUCGCCGGUGCUGGAAGAGAUGCGAGUACUGGGUGGCCGAGGUCGAGGAGGGCGAGGUGCGCGUGCAGGAGGCCGAGGUGGCCGACGCCGCGUGGCUCGACUUUGAUAGUGCCAUCAACAGACUCACCCACCCCGAAGACCGAGAUGUGCUGGAGAGGGUGAAGGCCGACCUUGGUGGGCGAAUCGCCGUCGCCAACGCCCACCAAUCCAAAGGCACCCUCGGCCACGCCCACCAUGUCGACGACGCCCUCCAGGUCGGCCGCGCCCAGCCCUUCCAGAUCGCCCACGCCCUCGACAUCGACGUCGCCCUCCAGGUCGGCCAUGCCCAGCAGUUCUAG